AUUAUCAAAUUGGCUUACACUCAUCACAUGAAUGUCAUAAAUGUGAUCCAUAACUAUCACUAAGCAUGACCAUAUAAGAAUGCAUGCCCAUUUGUGGCAGAAAAUUAGUCCAUUAAGAUGAAGCAUUUGAGAGAGACAGUUUGGACAUUCUCAUGCAUCAUCUGGCUGAGCCUAAUUGCAAGAUGCUUCUCUCAGGUGCAGCCACGGCCACCUCAGGGUCAACAAGUGCCAUGCUUCUUCAUAUUUGGUGACUCAUUGGUUGAUAAUGGAAACAACAAUGGAAUGCUAACACUUGCCAGAGCCAAUUACAGGCCUUAUGGCAUUGACUUCCCACAGGGUGCCACUGGCCGCUUCACCAAUGGCCGAACUUACGUUGAUGCAUUAGCUCAGCUUCUGGGAUUCCCAACUUAUAUUCCUCCUUAUUCAAGAGCAAGGGGUUUAGUACUCUUAAGAGGGGCUAAUUAUGCAUCUGGAGCAGCAGGAAUCAGAGAUGAAACAGGCAGUAACCUGGGGGCUCAUACAUCUAUGAAUGAGCAAGUGGCUAACUUUGGAAACACAGUGCAGCAGUUGAGAAGUAUCUUCAGAGGAGAUAAUGAUACACUUAAUAGCUACGUAAGCAAAUGCUUAUUGUUUUCAGGGAUGGGAAGCAAUGAUUACUUGAAUAACUAUUUUAUGCCAGAUUUUUAUUCAACUAGCUCAGAUUAUACUGCUAGGGCUUUUGCAUCCAUCCUUCUUCAAGAUUACGCUCGCCAGCUAGCUCAACUAUAUUCACUAGGAGCAAGAAAAGUGAUUGUUACAGCAGUUGGACAAAUUGGCUGCAUACCAUAUCAACUAGCCCGUUUUCAUGGUAACAACAGCAGAUGCAAUGAAAAAAUCAACAACGCCAUCUUGUUGUUUAACUCAGGCCUUAAGAGAAUGGUUCAAAACUUCAAUGGAGGACAGCUUCCAGGAGCAAAGUUUGUACUUUUGAAUUUUUAUCAAAGCAGUCAAGAUUUGUCUUCAAAUGGAACUUCAUUUGGGUUUGAUGUGAUAGAUAAGGGGUGCUGUGGAGUUGGCAGGAACAACGGGCAGAUUACUUGCCUUCCUUUGCAACAACCAUGUGAAGAGCGUGGGAAGUACUUGUUCUGGGAUGCUUUCCAUCCCACUGAGAUGGCCAACAUUUUACUAGCCAAGGCAACAUACAGUUCACAAUCAUAUACUUAUCCCAUUAAUAUUCAACAAUUGGCGAUGCAGUAAAAGAAGUUGAGUUUAUGUUUAAUAUUUGUGAGGUAUUUAACUAUCCAUGCAGUGCCAUUUGCUAAUUGAUCAUGGUAUUCAUGAUUUUAUGUAGUAAGAAUGUGCUCUUGUUGCUUAAAACAUUUGAUGCCUUUGUACACGUAUAAUGCCUUUGUGCAGAAAUAUAUAAUACAAUAAAUAUGCUU